UAUUAUUUCCCUUCUACGUGACUUUACCGAAAGAACCAAGAAGAUCAACUGCACUCUUCGAUAGCGCCGUUGAUUGCUGGCCGCUUGGCGGCUUUGUGCUGAGCAUUCCGCGAUUAAAAUAGAACUAGAAAACAAAUACUCAAUCUAGAUUUUAAAAAAAAUACUCCCAACACACACAAACACACACGCAAGCGCGGAGGCGUAUCCGUGAGUGCGAUCAUCACGGGGGAAAACCGCGAGCACUCGACGACGCCAACGCGAACUGCAGCGAUGGUGACGCUCUGCGUUGACGACCCGCGCCAGAACCUCUCAGCCGCGUGCCAUGAUCGGACCUCGCCGCCCCCCCUCGCUGGCGCUUCUCCUCGGCGUGAACGUCGGCUUCUGCCUGACCUACAUCUUCCUGCUGGCUCCCACGAACCUCGACGUGGCCGUGACUCCCCGUGAGCCGGCGCGACACGACGCUCUGCGGGAGCUCCGCGCGCGCGUCCGCGUCCUCUGCUGGGUCGUGACAUGCCCCCAAAAUGUCGAGAACAGAGCGCGACAUCAGCGCGACACUUGGACACGCGCCUGCGACCGCGUGCUCUUCCUGAGCUCCGUCGACGACGCGGAGUUCCCCGCCGUGGGUCUCGGCACCGAGGAAGGGCGUCAGCACCUCUACUGGAAGACGACCAGGGCAAUCCUCUACCUUCGCGAGCAUCACGUCGACGACGCCGACUGGUUCUUGAAGGCGGACGACGACACGUACGUGCUGGUGGACAACCUCCGCCUCUUGCUGAGCGCUCACUCGGCCCGAAGACCCGUCUACUUUGGCUGUCGCUUCAAGGAUCGGCACAACAGGAGCUUCAUGAGCGGUGGCGCCGGGUACGUGCUCAGCAGGGCCGCUCUCGUUCUGGCUGCCGACGGCUUCGGGUCGGGUCGGUGCGAGCAGGUCAGCCUGGCCGAGGAUGUGGCCGUCGGGGUCUGCUUGGAGAAGGUCGGCGUGGCUUUCGGCGACUCGAGGGACUCUGUCGGCCGCGAGACCUUCCACCCGUUUGUGCCCGAAAAGCUCCUGGUGCGUGACUUCAUCUCCAACAGCUCUUGGUACUGGAGGUACAGCUACCACCGGGCCGUGAGAGGUCCCCAGUGCUGCUCGGACUACUCCGUGUCCUUCCACUACGUGAGGCCGAGCUACAUGCACGUUCUCGAGUACCUGGUGCAUCGACUUCGGCCGUACGGCUACGCGUAUCGCUACACGGCGGAGAUGCCCGCCGAUCCUGAAGACGUUUGACUGGACUCGCAAAUCGAGGUCAAAAGCCACGACGCUCAGUUCUGCAACGGCCCAGAAGACCAUUUUUAAAUCCUUUAUAUUAAGUUCGCUUGCUUGCUUGCUUGCGUGCUUGCGUGCUUGCUUGCUUACGACCGUGCAAAUCUUUCUGUCGUUUUUUAACCCACUUCCCGUGAUCCAAUCGAGCUGACAUUUUGCACACAGACUCGUUGUGCGAGACAAUUAAUGUUCGUGAAUUUUUUUUCUCCAAAAUUUUACACUGUUUAGGGAAAACAAAUUAAAUAUUUAAUUACCAAUUGCUUAAUACUGGCAGACAAUCAUCUGACCCAUAGGUGGCAGCCAUCUCAAGCCAGAGGACGAGAGGACUCUAGCCGCCACGCAUAUAAAGGAUUUAGAGUGAAAAACUUAGUUUUUACGGGUUAUACUUAUUGUUUGUUUGUUUUGCUGACCAAUAGAGCACUUUGAACAAAUGGUUUGUGAAAACGUAGCACGGAGGAGGACGGGGCGACACGUUUUUAUUACACGCAUUUUUUUAAAAAAUUACACGAUUUCUUUUAACUCACUGUCUGUUGUUGUUGUAUCCUCAAAUCUUGUAACUCAAUUUUAACCCACUUCCCAAUGUGGUAUCGACUGCAAACGUGGUAUACUUAUGUCAUACUGAUGACAAUAAAAACAAAAUAUUUUAAAACAUUAUUUGGUAUAUGUUAUGUUUCGGCUUGGGUCUAAUUGUCCACGCUCAACUAAUGUUGGCUGUAAAUCACCACGGUCUCUUACGUUAUGGCAAGCUUCGGGGCCACUUCAUAGAGUCGUGGGGUUCUUCCAUUACGAGUACGGUACAUUUCAUUAAAGCGUGUUUUUAAAAAAGUUUUUCAAAUAUUACUUAUUUGAAACACAUUCGAAGAAUGUCGAAGUUAGAAGGACCUGU